UGAACCUCUCUGUCAGUCUUUUGGGCUCUCGCGGCGCGGUACAGCUCGGCAAGGCCUGUGGAGCCGUCUCGAAUCCUGCUGCAGGGGGAAGAUGGCGGUCGCGGUUAGAACUUUGCAGGAGCAGCUAGAAAAGGCCAAAGAGAGCCUAAAAAACGUGGAUGAGAAUAUUCGCAAGCUCACCGGGCGAGAUCCAAAUGACGUGAGACCCAUCCAAGCCAGGUUGCUGGCCCUUUCUGGUCCUGGUGGAGGUAGAGGACGUGGUAGUUUACUGCUGAGGCGUGGAUUCUCAGAUAGUGGAGGAGGACCCCCAGCCAAACAGAGAGACCUUGAAGGGGCAGUCAGUAGGCUGGGUGGAGAGCGUCGGACAAGAAGAGAAUCACGCCAAGAAAGCGACCCAGAGGAUGAUGAUGUUAAAAAGCCAGCAUUGCAGUCUUCGGUUGUAGCUACCUCCAAAGAGCGUACACGCAGAGACCUUAUCCAGGAUCAAAAUAUGGAUGAAAAGGGGAAGCAAAGGAACCGGCGAAUAUUUGGCUUGUUGAUGGGUACUCUUCAGAAAUUUAAACAAGAAUCCACUGUUGCUACUGAAAGGCAAAAGAGGCGCCAAGAAAUUGAACAAAAACUUGAAGUUCAAGCAGAAGAAGAGAGAAAGCAGGUUGAAAAUGAGAGGAGAGAGCUAUUUGAAGAGAGGCGUGCUAAACAGACAGAGCUGCGGCUUUUGGAGCAGAAAGUUGAGCUUGCGCAACUGCAAGAAGAAUGGAAUGAGCAUAAUGCCAAGAUAAUUAAAUAUAUAAGAACUAAGACAAAGCCCCAUUUGUUUUAUAUUCCUGGAAGAAUGUGUCCAGCUACCCAAAAAUUAAUAGAAGAAUCACAGAGAAAAAUGAAUGCUUUAUUUGAAGGUAGACGCAUCGAAUUUGCAGAACAAAUAAAUAAAAUGGAGGCUAGGCCUAGAAGACAAUCAAUGAAGGAAAAAGAGCAUCAGGUGGUGCGUAAUGAAGAACCCAAGGCGGAACAAGAAGAGGGUAAGGUGGCUCAGCGAGAGGAAGAGUUGGAGGAGACAGGUAAUCAGCACAAUGAUGUAGAAAUAGAGGAAGCAGGAGAGGAAGAGGAAAAAGAAGUAGGUAUAGUUCAUAGUGAUGCAGAAAAAGAACAGGAAGAGGAGGAACAGAAACAGGAAAUGGAGGUUAAGAUGGAGGAGGAAACUGAGGUAAGAGAGAGUGAGAAGCAGCAGGAUAGUCAGGCUGAAGAGGUUAUAGAUGUGCUAGAGAUGGUUGAGAAUGUCAAAAGUGUAGUUGCUGAGCAGGAGGUAAUGGAAACUAACCAAGUUGAAAGUAUGGAGCCUUCAGAAAAUGAAACUAGCAAAGAAUUGGAGCCAGAGAUGGAAUUUGAAGUUGAGCCAGAUAAAGAAUGUAAAUCUCUUUCUCCUGGAAAAGAAAAUAUUAGUGCUGUAGAAAUGGAAAAGGAAUCUGAGGAAAAAGAAGGAAAAGAAUCUGAGCCUCAACUUGAGCCUGUGGUUCAGCCUCAGCCCCUGCCUCAGCCCCAGUCCCAGCUUCAGCCCCAGCCUCCAACCCAGCCCACAACCCAGUCCCAGCCCCAGCCCCAGCCCCAGUCCCAGCCCCAGCCCCAGCCGCAGUCCCAGCCAGUACUCCAGCCCCAGCCUGUUUCUCAGCCUGAAACUUUGCCAUUAGCUGUCUUACAGCCAUCACCUCAGGUUAUUCAGGAUCAAGGAAACUUAUUACCUGAGCGGAAGGAAUUUGCUGUAGAAUCUGUGAAGCCCACUGAGGUGCCAGUAGAGCCAGUCUUGACGAUACUUGCAGAAAGUAAAAGCAAAACCAAAACUAGGAGCAGGAGUAGAGGUCGUGCCAGAAAUAAAACAAGCAAGAGCAGAAGUCGAAGCAGUAGCAGUAGUAGUUCGAGUAGCAGCUCAACUAGUAGCAGCAGUGGAAGCAGUUCCAGCAGUGGCAGCAGUAGUAGUCGUAGCAGCUCCAGCAGCAGCUCCAGCACAAGCGGUAGCAGCAGCAGAGACAGUAGCAGCAGUACUACUAGUAGUAGUGAAAGUAGGAGUCGAAGUAGAGGCCGGGGACAUAACAGAGAUAGAAAGCACAGAAGGAGCGUGGAUCGGAAGCGGAGGGAUACUUCAGGACUAGAAAGAAGUCACAAAUCUUCAAAAGGUGGUAGUAGUAGAGAUGCAAAAGGAUCAAAGGAUAAGAGUUCCCGGUCCGACAGAAAGAGGUCUAUAUCAGAGAGUAGUCGAACAGGCAAAAGAUCUUCAAGAAGUGAAAGAGACCGAAAAUCAGACAGGAAAGACAAAAGGCGUUAAUGGAAGAAGCCAGGCUUUCUUAGCCUAUUUGCAGCAGAAGAUUUCUUGAUGAGUAAAAGGAUUACCUUUCCUUGUAAGGAGGAUGCUGCCUUAAGAAAUGCAUGUUGUAAAAAGUCUUUUUGGAAAAUACAGACUGUUUGUUUACCAGACAUUCUUGUACUUUUUGCAUAAUUUUGUAAGAGUUAUUUAUCAAAAUUAUGUGAGGUUCCAAAAUAUGUAAAAAUAAUAAUAAUAAAAAAGAUUAACAUCCCUUGUCAUCUUUUUUAAGUAUCAUACACUCUUCAGUAAGAAUCUGUAUAUUUUAAUAGGUAAAUCUUUUAAGUCUGUUCCCUUGUACCGUAAUUCUGUAUCAUAUAUUGCUUUUGUAGAAAUAAAUGUGCAUUUCUUUCAUUAUUUUUGGGAUGUUCUUGUUGACAAUAGUAUAAUAAAUAAUCUCGAUAUCAUUUUCAGCUUUUAUCAUUAGAUGCUAAACAUAAUUAGAAUGUUAUUAAGGUUUCCUCACUUUUAUUUGCCUUAGACAAUUACAAUUUUGAGUUGUCAGAAUCAGGUUUCUGCGUCUGUGAGGGAAUUGUUUUUUAAAAAUCACUAUUUCCUAAUUUCCCUUGUUUUAAUCUAAGCAUUUUCUUGUUUUCUUAAACCAUAUGGUUGGUAGAUAAAAGAAUAUGAUUUGGUUGUCAUUUUCUUCCUAACUAUGGGAACAUCAUUCUUUUGUCUUCAUGGUUACUUGUGUGAUAACAGCAUAUAUAAACUGUUAAAAUAAUCACUUCUUUCUAGGGAAAGGAGUUAGAAGUACAGUAUCUCCUAAACUUUUGGUUUUUGGGUUUGUGGUCUUGUCUUAACCUUUGUGUUGGCUCUAACUGAAACAUGCCAAUCUGUGGUUUCAAGAAUUUUUCUGUUUAAGGAAGUAUUGUAUGGAAGUUUACAAAAUGAAGGAAGUUCAUCUAUACUUGAAUAUGUAAGCAAGAUAGCACACAAGUGUACCAAGUGAUUAUUAACUUUGGUGUUUUAUGAAUUUGUAUGAACCUGGAGUGUCUGUUGCCCAUUACUAUAUAUGUGCAAAUAAAUGUGGCUUAGACUUUC